ACCGCGCCACCAUGUUAACGCUCCUCUCUCUCUACAGUGCUUUCUAACAUUCUCAAAUCAUCAAUUAAAACUGACGAAAACUGGCAAAAUUAAAAUGUCUAAGUGUUCACCAUUAAAUUCAAUUGAAUGGUUAUCAAAUGCGAUGUAAUUGCAGAGACAAGAUUUUGUAACUGUAAGUUGGAAAAAAAAACGUGUUCAUAUUGUGUUUGGCGAGAAUGGGGGUUAACUGUGCUUCGACGGUGAGGCAGCUGCAGUGAAAAAGAUAUGUGAAACCGGCGAUGGUUCGCCCCAGGUCAUCCAAGCCAGGGCCAGCUAUGACUUCGCGGGAGAGAGAAGACGAGGGUCACUCAAGGUCACGGGGUCGACUCCCCAGCCCACAUAGGACAUCGCCUCAACGGGAUGACCCAUUCAGGAUUUCAAGGGCCGGUGCUAGGUCCUCUGGUAGGAUGUCAAGAUCGCCUGUCAGGCCUACUGAGAGGGUGUCAAGAUCCCCUAUCAGGCCUUCUGAGGGGGUGUCAAGAUCUCCUACCAGGCCCUGUGGGAGGGUGUCAAGAUCUCCUACCAGACCCUCUAGGGGGAUGUCAAGAUCCCCUACCAGGCCCUGUGGGAGGGUGUCAAGAUCCCCUACCAGGCCCUGUGGGAGGGUGUCAAGAUCUCCUACCAGGCCCUGUGAGAGGGUGUCAAGAUCCCCUACCAGGCCCUCUGGGGGUGUGUCAAGAUCCCCUACCAGGCCCUCAGGGUGUGUGUCAAGAGUCCCUCGGAGCAGAAGUAGCGGGCCCUUCUGCUCGUCCAGGUGCAGAAGGAGGAACUCAGUUUCACCCGUCAGGUGUCCAGCCCAUACAUCAGCUUCCAGGCACAGGGCGUUGGAGGAGGAGACGAGUAGCACCAGCAGCACCUACCCCAUACUGCAGUAUGAACAGAGAGGAGGUGGUGGUGGUGGUGAUGACAGCACAGACAGCAGCAGCAGCAGAAUGUUGGAGAGAAGAGCAGCGUCAAGAGACGAGGAGGAGGACGAGGGGGAGUAUGAGGAGGAGCGUGGGACCAGGAAGACUGUAGGAGGGAGAGUGUGCAGAGUAGCCAAACUGGUGUCAGGAUUCCUCAUAUCCAUGGGUCUGGUGCUUGUGUUUUACGUCAUCAUCACCACCAUCAUGGGCCAGUCGUCACCGCUGGAUAUUUUCAACUUUGAGAUUGGUACUGAAGACCUCCUGAGACACAAGGAAAACGUAACCAACUCGACCAUCCUCACAGACCUGGAGAGACUAGAAGAGCCUCUCCUCGAAGGACUGCUGGAGUCUGACUCGCACACCAUCGAAGACUCGAAGAGUUAUGACUCGGGUGAUCAGUCUUUAGGAGUUUGGCAGCCAAAUGGAGAGAAGGAAGGACACAUAGCAACUAGAGACAUGAACUUCAAACGUGAAAAUAAGACGGAUGCAGAAGGAAGAUCUUAUAUGGGAUAUAUUCCUGUCUUGCUUAAUAACGAGGAAGAGGAAAAGAAGGAAGAAGAAGCUAGAAGUCACUCACACUCCAAUCCUCUUCUUGUCCCCGUGAUGAUUGCGCCUAGUGGUGGCAGUGGAAGCUUUUUCCCAAAUAACGGACGACCACAAUUUGGUGUACCCCCUCUAAGACCCCCAUAUCAGUCCUUGCCUCCUCGAGACCCAGUCCAAGGACCACCAUUGGUGCAUAAAAUGAUUGAUGUUCCACCGAAACAUCAGUUUAACUCCUUCUCCAUGCGUUCCAACAGCCAUCCUCCGAUGCCUCGCCUCCCUCCUUCAAGAACACCUCAAGGAAGAAGCUCCAACGGCCUUCCCAUUGUCCCUAAUCAUGUCGGAGGAUCUCGACUGCCAUCCGGUAUCUUAAGCAACAGUCUUCCUCCAAAUAUUCUUAGGGUGUCUGGAGGUCAGCAGCUUAACUUGGGUCAUUCUGUAGGAGUAGGUCAACUAGUGGGCAAUAUUAAUCAGCCAACUGGAGGAAGCUUAACGGGUCAACACAGCUCACCCAUACCAAAUAUAUACAGUCAAAGAAAUGUUGGUUCCUACACUAAUAAUGGAAACCCUAUGACUGGAAUGAAUAAUGGUCAGGGAACAUAUGGGGUAAGUGGGUUCGGUACUAAGCUACCAAGCAGUACAGGCCAGGACAUCUGGAACUCUCUCUUCGAAAUCAUGAAUCGCCCCAAUACAGGGUCCAACGUAACUCCGGGUACAAUGAACCGGGAAAGCACGGUGGGGUCUAGGAGGAUAGGUAACAAUGGGCCACACGCAACAGAUGGUUCAUCUGAAAUGAUGGCUAGACCAGCAAGAUUAGGUAGGUUACCCUUGUCACCAGGAGUUCAAUCUACACCCGACCUUUCCUAUGGCAAUCCACCAGUGCCGCAAAGACUAAAUGGCCCAAGGCCUGGCCCACCUCAAGCCCGACACAUUCGACCUCGGCUGCAUCCCAGCUCAAGAAUAUCUGGCCCUCUACCAAAGCCUUUCCCACGUCCACGCCCACACCCACAGCCUCUUCCAAGAUACCGCUACCACCUACCACCAGUACCUCCUCCACUCGGCAUGCCUGCAGUACCCAGGAGACCUCCUCGAAGGCCCACAAGGCAUCGCCCACCGAAGGAUUUCCAGUACCCACCUGAUUCAGGUAGCAUCCAGGACAUCAUCCAGUACAUGAAUGAUAAAAAUCGUCAGGGAAAUCGGGUGAAUCUACCUCCAGGCUUCACCGUUGGUAGCCAAGAUCACGUAGUCGGGCCAAAUCCCUUCGCGGACAUUAAUAUCGAAGGAACAGAUAAUUCAGACUUCGGGACGGCAUCCCCGAAUGAUUUUAAUAAUGGAGGGAACCGCUUCACCAGUGGGGGUAAUGGUUUCAUCACUGGAGGGAAUAAUUUAAAUGGAAAUAACUUUCAUAGUGGAGGUAAUCAAUAUAGUGGAGGUUUUGGAGGUGGAGACGGAAAUGGGAAUAUUGCAAGUGGUGGAGGUGGUAUUCAUGGAUUUAACAGUGGAGGUAGCACCAACUAUAAUGAUAAUCAUUUUAACGUUGGUAACAGUUUCAAUGAAGGAAACCAAUUAAAUAAUGGAGGCCAAAACUAUAACGGAGGGCAACAUGUCAAUAGCGAUCCCUACAAUAAUGGUGGAAGCCACUUCAACAAUGUAGGCUACAACUCCCACAACAGUGGCAGCUCCCUCCUCCCUCCAGUGCAGAAUACUUACGACCCAACCAAGACCAAAUCCCUACCCUUCAACAUUAUGCUAGACGUCUACCCUAUGGAAGACUCUUCAACAGCUUCAGGUCCUAGACCAUUUCAGACCAGCAUCUCCAUCCCCGGCGACACUGGACGCUUCAACACCAACAGUGAUUACGUAAACGGUUACAGCAACGGUGGAUACAGCCAAAGAGAACGAUUUUCUCCUCAAGAUGAUGUCAACAAACAUGAGAUUGUUCUCCACCUCAACUUGUAUUCCAGAGCACCAUCAGUGAAUCGAAGACAGGGGGGCGGAGAUGUUGCAACAGGUCGGAGCGGAGCCGUGUCCCUGGAGGUGCCCCUGACAGGGACACUCAGUCCCCUUGAUAUUUACACAGCCAUCAUGAGCAAGGCGCGAUCACACAAACCUCAGGCUCAGGUUCAAGUUAUCUCUGGACAAGAGGAGGAAGAAUCUCGCGAGGAAGGGCAGAUCGAGCUGUUUGAUCUAGAAGAGGGCCCUAUGCUUCUACAGGCCAUUGAACAGGGCCUCAAAAAGCUCAACGCCGAACUGCCUCCCCACCAACGCUUCGUCUUGACUGACGAACCUCCAUCUAGCAUUAGUCUACACCACGAUCUUAUUGCCGAAAAGAACUCGACUUCAAGAGAGAGCACCGGCUACAGACGAUCACCUGCAUCGCCAUCUCAUGAUCGCAGUAUUGUCAAUGAUUAUCAGUACUAUGAUUAUUAUGACUACCAGGACACUGGGCCUUCGACCUCCCCAACGACGACUGCGAGAUCUGCCGAAGUACUCUCUUAGGCGCUGCCAACACCCUUAUGGCGGACGACAGACACCCAACAUGUUGAUUCAAUACACUAACAUUAUUUGUACCUGUAUUUCCACUUGUCAGUGUUUCUCUCUCUCUCUCUCUCUAAUAUGUUGUGUCUCAUUUUCAACCUUUAGAACAGGUUAGUAAAUGCAUAAUUUAGAUAUUAAUUCAAGCAUCUGCUAUAUACUGUUUAGCGUCAUAUUUGACAAUAAAAUUAUAAAUAUAUAUUAUUAAUCUGUAUAUAGAUCUACUCAUUUGGUGUGGGGAAUAUUUGGUACAAAUGGCAUUCAUCAUUGUAAAUUAAUAGUCCAAUGAAGAAGUAUUUUUAGAAGCGUAUUAGUAAACAACAAAUUUGAAUAGCCUAAAUAGAAAUGUAAAUAGUCUUCCCGGUUUGAUUCUCUUUAUAAAUAUUUGCAUAAACAAAAAAUUAAAGCAUAUUUUCGCAGUUAAACACUGCCACAGAUUUAAUAAGAAACUACAAGUCCCUUCAUCUUUGGCCAUCAAAUGUUACUAUCAUUAAUGGUGCGGUGUACAAUGUAGAGAAUAUAUAAUUACCAAAUAUAUUUUGUGACUGUGCCUAGAAUUACAUUUAAAACAGGUGAGAGCAGAAGGUAUGAGAAAAUUGUAAUAUUAUGCCAUAUUUAUCAUUGCUUUUGUCAGAUUUGGUUUUGAAUAACUUGUUCUGUCAGGUGAAAUAAGAUUGUUAGUUGGUUGGUUUCCUAGAAUGUUUCCUUCUACGUCUCUCCUUCACCAUCAUCCUGUCAUUUGAUAUUCAUUAUUUAUUAUUUUGAUUUUUUUUAGCAUUUUUUUGUUUACAAACAACAUCCAUAUAUCUAUGUCUCGCUGCUUACCCAAUUAAUCCGUCAGAAAACGUUAUUUCCAACCGUCUCACUUUUGACAGUGGUACUGUUGUUCAUCACAGAGACACUUAUGUCUGUGGUACUGUUGUUCAUUACAGAGACAGUUAUGUCAGUGGUACUGUUGUUCAUCACAGAGACACUUAUGUCUGUGGUACUGUUGUUCAUCACAGAGACACUUAUGUCUGUGGUACUGUUGUUCAUCACAGAGACACUUAUGUCUGUGGUACUGUUGUUCAUCACAGAGACACUUAUGUCUGGUACUGUUGUUCAUCACAGAGACACUUAUGUCAGUGGUACUGUUGUUCAUCACAGAGACACUUAUGUCAGUGGUACUGUUGUUCAUCACAGAGACACUUAUGUCAGUGGUACUGUUGUUCAUUACAGAGACACUUAUGUCAGUGGUACUGUUGUUCAUCACAGAGACGCUUAUGUCAGUGGUACUGUUGUUCAUCACAGAGACACUUAUGUCAGUGGUACUGUUGUUCAUCAGAGACACUUAUGUCAGUGGUACUGUUGUUCAUCACAGAGACACUUAUGUCAGUGGUACUGUUGUUCAUCACAGAGACACUUAUGUCAGUGGUACUGUUGUUCAUCACAGAGACACUUAUGUCAGUGGUACUGUUGUUCAUCACAGAGACACUUAUGUCAGUGGUACUGUUGUUCAUCACAGAGACACUUAUGUCAGUGGUACUGUUGUUCAUCACAGAGACACUUAUGUCAGUGGUACUGUUGUUCAUCACAGAGACACUUAUGUCAGUGGUACUGUUGUUCAUCACAGAGACACUUAUGUCAGUGGUACUGUUGUUCAUCACAGAGACACUUAUGUCAGUGGUACUGUUGUUCAUCACAGAGACACUUAUGUCAGUGGUACUGUUGUUCAUCACAGAGACACUUAUGUCAGUGGUACUGUUGUUCAUCACAGAGACACUUAUGUCAGUGGUACUGUUGUUCAUCACAGAGACACUUAUGUCAGUGGUACUGUUGUUCAUCACAGAGACAGUUAUAUCAGUGGUACUGUUGUUCAUCACAGAGACAGUUAUAUCAGUGGUACUGUUGUUCAUCACAGCGACAGUUAUAUCAGUGGUACUGUUGUUCAUCACAGCGACAGUUAUAUCAGUGGUUUAAGCGUGUGCUUGUAAUGGAUUAAGAGAUGUACUGAUACUUUCUCGUACGUGGGGUGAACCUCUCGAGUUCACUACAUUGAACUAAAGCACUUGAACUCAAGUUCAUUGACUACAAGCACCACAACAUUUUGGUCUUUCCCCGGCAACGUGUUGUCUUCAGUCCUCACGAGUGCCUUCAAUAUUUCUAGAUUUUUGAGCGGUGACUAAAUCGGUCUUUAUAUUGUUAGUGUUUUGGCAUUUUUCAGAGUUAAACCCUGGAAUAUUCGGCAUUUAUUGUAAAAUUAUAUGCUAUCAGUGUUAUAUCUUGGGUUGUGUGUAUUAUUUUGGUCAGUGCCGUCUUAUCACAAUCUAAAGGUCCUGGGUUCGAUUCCUGCUGCACAACAGAGACAUUUGGGCAAUGCUUCCUUUCACCUGAUGAUGCUCUGUUCAUAUUGCGGUAAAUAGGUACCCGGGAGUUCUGCCACCGUUCGUAGUCUACAUCCUGGGGAAGGUCAACAGCUGGCCUCAGGAUGUGGAGAGGCCCCGAUAAGCCUAUGUAUCGGCUUUUUGUCCCCGACUAUGGAAAAACAAUAUGCCAAGCCUUUUCCAAAUGAACAUUACACGAUACAUGAACCAUCGCUAAGGUUUUCAAGCGGUUUGUAUAUAUUUGUUUCCUCAAAUAUAUACAAACUACAGAAUUUAACAAACUCCCUUCAUCCUGUUAUAAGCCUUUGGGUGAUUGUUUCUAAAAUUACCCGUGGGAAAAUUAUGGUGAAGUGUCUAAAUGUGUGUCUGUGAUAUUUUCACCAUUGUGUGCUAUUUAUGCGAGGACUAUUUAGACAAUUAUUGUAUUAGUUGAAAUAUGGACUUGCUGAACUUACUGCUUUCCCUAUUAUGCAUAAUUUCAACAGUUUUAAUUUAUUUUGAGCCCACCCUUUGCUGCUUGUUUCUCCCGAUUAAUAGUUUAGCAGCCCAACGGUUAACAAGUGUCUUGUGGUUUUAGUGUGUAUAUUUAUAUUUUUAUAUUGACUCUUGCGUGUUGAAUGCAUUUGUUCUUGUUACUUUGUUGCUUAUCCUUCACUCAUCUGUGAGGAUGUUGGUCAUCCUUCACUCAUCUGUGAAGAUGUUGCUUAUCCUUCACUCAUCUGUGAAGAUGUUGCUUAUCCUUCACUCAUCUGUGAGGAUGUUGCUUAUCCUUCACUCAUCUGUGAGGAUGUUGCUUAUCCUUCACUCAUCUGUGAAGAUGUUGCUUAUCCUUCACUCAUCUGUGAGGAUGUUGCUUAUCCUUCACUCAUCUGUGAGGAUGUUGCUUAUCCUUCACUCAUCUGUGAGGAUGUUGCUUAUCCUUCACUCAUCUGUGAGGAUGUUGCUUAUCCUUCACUCAUCUGUGAAGAUGUUGCUUAUCCUUCACUCAUCUGUGAGGAUGUUGCUUAUCCUUCACUCAUCUGUGAGGAUGUUGCUCAUCCUUCACUCAUAUGUGAAGGAUACAGGUUUUAAAUAUCGAAUAAAAAUAUUUAUUUUU